AUGAUUGGACACAGGAUGUUGAGGUGUUGGAAUCUUCCAGAGGGCACAUUGGAGGGAGGAUGCUGCAUGGAUGGGAGCUCCUCGACUUUGCACCCCAUCCCCAAAAAAGCCCUCUGUGUCAGUCUCCUAGCCUCUCUGCUACUGAUCCUUCUGGCUCUUGGUUUGACCGGACACCUUCGGUUGCCUCAAAAACACUUGCAGUCUUCACAGGCUGUUCGAUUCACUGCCUCAGACCCAAAUGGGAUUCUGUUCCUCAACCAGUCGGCAGUUGUAGACCAGGAGAAUGGCCUGGUGACCUUUACUGUGACCACAGGAGUGAAUCAAACAUCCACUGUGCUCUUUGAUACCAAACAUGGAAUAAUAUGUUACCAUCCAGCAUACCAGGAGAGGUGCUUGCUGUGGACAAUGGAAACAUCUGAUUAUGACAAUGUACGCUCCCUACUUCAAGCGUCGGCACACCAGCAGAGUCAGUUCCAGCUCUCUGUGAACGAGACCCAGAGGCGCACAGAGUUCUUUGGGGUCCUGGCUGCGAGUCAGGCAGAUAUCUCCACCUUGGAGGAGCCCAUCAGGCUCUUGUGUCGGGGUAGGACCAUCCACUGGACCAAGAGAGCUGAAGGGCCAGGCAGACAGAGGCUGGUCUAUUUCUGCAUUGACAUCUGCUUUCCCAAUAACAUCUGCAUGUCAGUUUGCUUUUACUACUUACCAGAGUAA